AUGGCUACGCCGAAUCCAGUAACAGCAGCAGCACCACCAGCAUGUCCAGCACCAAUGAAAGCCACGUCCAAUGGGGCGUUCCACCAUGAAAAUCCUCUUGACUAUGCUCUUCCAUUGCUAAUUGUUCAAAUAUGUAUCGUUGUUGGCUUCACCAGAUUCCUUGCAUUCCUUUGCAAACCCCUUAGACAGCCUAGAGUUAUUGCAGAGAUCAUCGGAGGAUUACUGCUAGGACCAUCUGCAUUUGGACGAAACCAGAAGUUCCUAAACACAAUCUUUCCAAAGAAGAGCUUAACAGUUCUGGACACCAUAGCCAAUGUAGGUCUCUUGUUCUUCUUGUUUCUCGUUGGUCUUGAGCUUGAUGUCCGCUCCAUUAAGCGUACUGGGCCAAAGGCCUUAGCCAUUGCCGUGUGCGGCAUCACUUUCCCGUUCCUUCUCGGCGUUGGAACCUCUUUUGUUCUCAGAGCAACCAUCUCACAAGGUGUUCAGCCACUUGCCUUCAUUGUUUUCAUGGGCGUGGCUCUAUCUAUCACUGCCUUCCCUGUCUUGGCUCGAAUCCUCGCCGAGCUCAAGCUUCUAACCACUGAUGUUGGAAGCAUUGCCAUGUCUGCUGCUGCAGUGAAUGAUGUUGCAGCAUGGAUACUCUUAGCUCUUGCAAUAGCUGUCUCCGGUGACAACACUUCUCCGAUAAUCUCUCUUUGGGUUCUGCUUUGUGGUGCCGGUUUUAUACUCUUUGCUGUGUAUGGCAUAAGGCCUUUGCUGGUGAUAAUGGCGAAGCAUUCGCUGUCUGGGGAGCCGGUUAAAGAGACCUACAUAUGCUUCACGUUGACGUUGGUUUUGGCUUGUAGUUUUCUGACCGAUACAAUUGGUAUCCAUGCUCUGUUUGGUGCAUUUGUGGUUGGUAUAAUUGUCCCAAAAGAUGGUCCUUUUGCUGGGGUUUUGAUUGAGAAGAUUGAAGACUUGGUCAGUGGGAUUUUCUUGCCACUAUAUUUUGUGUCUAGUGGGUUGAAGACAAAUGUGGCUACUAUUAGUGGAGGCACUUCUUGGGCAUUGCUUGCACUUGUUAUUUUCAAUGCUUGCUUUGGAAAGAUUGUUGGCACUGUUGUGGUGUCACUCUCAUGUAAGGUGCCUUUUAGAGAAUCAUUGGCACUUGGCUUUCUCAUGAACACUAAGGGUUUGGUAGAGCUCAUUGUUCUCAACAUUGGAAAGGAUCGCAAGGUGCUGAACGACCAAGCAUUUGCAAUUUGUGUUCUGAUGGCACUUUUCACCACCUUCAUCACGACCCCAAUAGUGAUGGCAGUGUACAAGCCAGCUCGGAGAGGAGCACCAUACAAACACAAAACAAUCCAGCGCAAGGAUCUCGACACAGAGCUGAGGAUGCUGGCAUGUUUCCACAGCACACGCAGCAUCCCAACCUUGCUCAACCUCAUCGAAUCUUCCCGUGGAACCAAGAAGUUUGGGAAGCUUUGCAUUUACGCCAUGCACCUUAUGGAGCUCUCAGAGCGCUCCUCUGCCAUCACUAUGGCCCACAAGGCACGCAGGAACGGCCUUCCUUUCUGGAACAACAAACCCGACGACGCCAACGCCAACAACGAUCACAUGAUCAUUGCUUUCCAGGCUUACGGAAAACUCAACAAGGUUAACGUUCGUCCCAUGACUGCUAUCUCUGAUCUCGCUAACAUCCAUGAAGAUAUCUGCACUAGCGCUCACCAAAAGCGUGCUGCAAUGAUUGUCCUUCCAUUCCACAAGCACCAACUCGUUGAUGGAUCCAUGGAGUCUCUGGGAAGCUCGUUCCGUCACAUGAACGAGCUUGUUUUGAGCCAUGCUCCUUGCUCUGUAGGGAUCUUGGUUGACCGUGGACUAGGCGGCGCAAGCCAGGUUCAAGCAUCUGACGUGUCAUACAACGUAGUUGUGUUGUUCUUCGGUGGACGUGAUUGUAGAGAAGCACUUUCUUAUGGUAUGAGGAUGGCACAGCACCCGGGUAUCUCGCUGACGGUUGUUAAGUUUGUUACAGCACCGGGGAAGAGCCUGGCCUUCGGGGCGAAGCUUGUGGCUGUGUCAGUAGACAAGCAACAGAAAGUGGUUACAGAGAUUGAUGAAAACGAAAAACAGUUAGACGAGGAGUUGUGGAAUGAGUUCUUGGGGAAGUCAAUCAAGUAUGAGGAGAGACUAGUGGAUAGCCGAAACGACAUUGAGGCUGCUUUGAGGGAGAUGAGUAGGUCCAGCCUUAUUUUGGUUGGUAGAAUGCCAUCCGUUGCACCCUUGGUUUACAACAGUGACUCUGCUCAACUUGGCCCUGUUGGAAGCUUCUUGGCUUCUUCGGAAUUCUCUACCACCGCGUCUGUUGUUGUUAUCCAACAGUAUAAUCCAGCUGCUGAUGCUCACCCACUCGUCAUGGAGGAAAUUGAUCAACUUGAGGAGCCUGAUACCCCGCUCUGA